AUGAGUUGCCUUCAUCUCAUCGUUCUAAUCGCCGCCGUCGCUGAAGCGCGCCUCAUCGAAAAUCGCCAACAACUCGACGAUUUCAUCGAGAACGCCAAUUUGCGAGCGGGACCGAAGAGAAUACUGAAAGCCGCCGCUGAGGAGAACCUCAUCAAACUUCCCAUCGACAUCGAUUCGCUGCUCGCUUCAUUCGUUCAACUGUUCUCCUCAAAUUUCAUCAAACUUCCCAACUUCUUCGGACCAUUCGAUUCGCGCAUUUUCGGUUAA